CCUGCUCGGGCAUCAUCACUCCGUUAUUGCUGUGCUCUGCUCUCCACUCACUCCCCUAGCUAGCUCCCCUCCCCUAGCAAAGCUCGCCGCCGACAGCAGCAGCAGCUAGCUAGCCAGGCCAGAGCCCGGAGUGAUGGGCCUGCGGCGGCUGGCCGUGGCGGCGGCGGUGCUGGCCGUGUGCGCUGCCGCGGUGGAGGGGUUCGACAUCCUCCAGAUCCUGGGGAAGCACGACGAGUUCUCACAGUUCUGCAAGCUGCUCAACGAGACGCACCUCGCCGGCGACAUCAACCGGGACCGCACCAUCACCGUGCUCGCCGUCGCCAACGGCGACAUGGGCCACCUCACCAGCGCCCACUACUCGCUCGGGACCAUCCGCCACAUCCUCGAGCUGCACGUCGUCGCCGACUACUACGACGAGAAGAAGCUCAAGCAGCUGUCGCACGGCGCCACCGCUGCAUCGACCCUUUUCCAGCGAUCCGGGUUUGCCCCCGGCAUGGCAGGGUACGUCAACAUAACGCAGCACCGCGGCGGCAAGGUGACGUUCAUCGUCGAUGACGCUGCUGACUCCGUGAAGCCCGUCACCUUCGUCAAGCAGAUCGAGAGCCACCGCUACGAUUACUCGGUGCUCCAGGUCAGCAGUGUGCUGUCCUCCCCGGAGGCCGAGGCGCCCGUGGCCCCGCCGGCUCCGGUCAACCUCACCGAACUCCUCUCCAAAAAGUACUGCAAGAGCUUCGCCGGCCUCCUAGCUGCCGAUGCCAAAGCCUUCGAUACCAUCAACGGAACCAAGGACACUGCGCUCACGCUCUUCUGCCCUGUCGACGCCGCCGUGGCCGCCUUCAUGCCAAAGUUCAAGAACCUGACGGCCAAGGCCAAGACGGCCAUCCUGCUCUACCACGCCGUGCCGGACUACUACUCCAUGCAGUUCCUCAAGUCCAAUAAAGGCAAGGUGACCACGCUCGCCAGCACCAGCGUUGCCAAGAAGGACUACACCUACGAAGCGCAGACCGAGGCAGACACCGUCACGCUCGACACCACGGUCACCACCUCCACCAUCCAGGCCACCGUCAGGGACGAUGACCCUCUCGCCAUCUACGCCGUCUCCAAGUUCCUGCAGCCCAAGGAGUUGUUCAAGCCCAAAAAAGCUGAGGACCUGGCGCCGUCGCCCGCACCGGAGGUGCCCAAGAAGAAGACCAAGAAGAAGCCUGGAAGCACAUCGGCGGCCGCCGCGCCCUCGGACGACGACAGCGCUGACGGCCCAGCUGCCGACGACUCAGCCGACGACGCCGCGGACAAGGCCGGCGCCGCGCCAUCCAUGCUCACCCGGUGGGGCACCGCGGCUGCGAUGGUGGCCGCGGCGCUGGCGUUGGGGGCCUAAGAAAAUAAGAAGGGCCAUUUUACUUUAUUUAUAUAUAUAUUGUUGCUGGAUUCUUCAGAGAAGAAGGGGAAAAAAGGAAGGCUUAGAGGUGUGUGAUGUAGCUCUUUGGAUUGUUUAUUGGGUUGUGGUGAUCAUUUUGUAAUGAUAGUGGUCAGUGGAAUCGGAUAGUGUGUGUUUACAUGUGAUACUAUAAUGCAUCAUGGAGUUUAGUACUCCAUUGUUUCGCUUUCA